AUGUGCUGUGAAUCGUCGGAAGCAGCCGAACAGACGAGGUGGAGGAAAAGUCUAAAAGAUGCGCUUUCUUCUCAGCCCUUUCCACUUUUCCUAUUGGUUUUGGUAGAACCGGGCACUAAACCUAAGAUACAACUCCCUCCAACACCAUCACCUCAAAUCGGCUUUUGCAUCGCAAGCAUGAGCAGCAAGAGGCUCAAUAAGCGUCAGCUGCGCGAACAGCAGGAAUUGGACGAGCUGGCCGACGCCCCAGUGCCAACCGCAUCCUCCUCUGCAACAUCCAAAAAGUCACCGUUCCAACAGUUGGACGACUCGGACGUCAACCCAAGCAAUGAUGAGGAUGACGUGGACAGUGAACCAGCGCAUGCAUCAAAUGUUAGCAGAAAGCCGACGACGACGUCGCUGUUUGCUGCGCUAGGCGACGGUACCGAUGGGCAACAAGACGCCGAUGAUCAAGAUGAUUCAGAAUCAGAUCAUGACAUUUCCACCCAACAAGCGUCAAAGAGCAGCAAAAAGAAGAAGAACAAGAAAAAGAAGAAAGCCGCCGCAGCUACUGCUACAACGGAGGAAGGCGCCGACGCAAAACUCCAUUCAGAAGACCAACCCACAACGCAGCAGCACAAGACAAACGGACCUAGCAAGAAAUCGUCGAAGAAGAAAGCUUCCUCAACUGCGCCAGCCGCCAACGCUGGCUCGAAAGACGUCUCUGAGAUGUCCAUCGAUGAGUUCGACGCUCUUCUUGCUUCGCAAGCUUCGCUCAAUGCUGCGAACACCUCGAAUAACACUGCCCGCUCUGGUUCGACCGCACCUUCGACACUCAACAGAGUCUCUGCGUUCCGCACACACCUCAGCCUCGACCCUCGCAACCUCGACCCGGCCAUCGAGCUUCGCCGUCAAUUCGGGUCAGCAGCCAUCAAAGCCUACCAGAACGAAGCCGACUCCAGCGGUCGAGCCACUUCCGGCGCCCGGGCAAGAGCACAGGCCAACAACCCCAACCUCAAAGUGCGCUCCAUACUCUGCACACCAAAGGACCACUGGCCACCCAUCAGUCGUAGCUUUACCGGCAUGAGCAUGGACGUCCUCGACUCUCGCUCCCACGGUCGCAUCUGCGCAUGGAAGCACAGCAAAGCCUACCGCCAGGUACAGAUGCAGUUCCUCCAAGCGGUGCGUAGCUACGACCCCAACGCACUCAUGGCGUUGCUCCGCGUCUACCCGUAUCACAUCGACACGCUCCUUCAGCUGUCCGAAUACUCGCGUCAUCAGGGCGACUUGGGCCAAGCAGCCGACUUCAACGACCGUGCGUUGUUUGCACUCGAACGCUGUGCCAGUCCCUACUUCACAUCGUGCCUGUCGAGCACGACCUCCGGUCCACCUCUGGUCAACUUCAACAAGAUCGAGAAUCGUGCUUUCUACAUGGCUAUUCAUCGCAACAUCGGCUUCUUGGGCAGACGUGGAACGUGGAAGACCGCGCUCGAAUGGGCCAAGUUGCUGCUGGGGCUGGGUCAGGAUGGAGAGGACCACCACGCGGCGCUGCUGUGGAUCGAUUUCCUCGCCAUCAAAUCGCGCCAGCACAGGUGGCUUUUGGAGCUCAUCGAAAGGCUCGAUGAGCAACGAUCGCGUGCCUCCGCGGCGGGAGGAAAAGUCUCGCACGUCGACGAGGUCUCCGUCCCGGCGAAAACGAUCGUCGACGCAACCGACAAGGAGCCUGCUGGAGAAGGUGCAGGAUACAAUGGCACACUGGACUGGUGUGUCGGUCUCGCCUACUCGCGCGCCCUCGCUUUCCGAGCUGUCGAAAAGGAGGAAGGCGACAAGACGCACACCCGAUCCAACUCGGCUCUUCGUCUGGCCAUCGCACGAUUCCCCGCCGUCGCACCCCUGCUCUGCAACAAGGCCGGUGUAGAGCUGCCAUCCAAGAUUGCCGGUCAUCCAGCUUUCCAGCUCUCGACACGCUACUCGGGCUCUUCGGAUACGCUCGCCGACCUGCUCACGCACAUCUACGUGCUGCGAUCCGAGUCGCUAUGGAAGGAACCCGGGUACGGCGAAUGGCUUCGAAGUACAACGAUGUCUCUGUCGGACGCGCUCACCGCUGACUUUGAUUUGAGCGAAUCGAAACGGAAAACGCAACCUGCGUCUGCGUCGCACAACACGAGACAGGGGAUAUACCGACACGUACUGGUGUCAGAUGUACCCGAUACGACGAGGCAGCAGCUGAUCGCGUACCUCCCACCGAGCAUUACGGGCAGCAGCGAGCAGAUGGACGCCUUUGAUCCCGUACCACCGCGAAGCGCUCCACUCAGCAGCAGCUCUGGCGGGGAUGCGGAAGCAGACGUGGAUAGAGAAGUGGAGACAGUGACGAGGUACGACGACGAGUACUUUGCGCCCAUCAUGUCGGAUCUGUCCUCGCGAAGCCGAUCCGCUGGUGCUGCAGGUGGAGGGCAAGCGGGCGGCGGUGGAAUGAUGCAGGCCUUCCGACGCGCGUUGCAGGGUCUCGGCGGAGUGCAGGGCUGGGACGCGGCGAUGGAAGCGAUGGACGACGAGACGAGGGAGGACGUGAUGGCCCAGGUGAUGCAGAUGGCGCAGGCUGCGCACGGCGACGGAGCUAUUCCGGGUGGGUUUGGCGAGGAGAACGACGAUGAGGCCGAAGAAAUGGACGCUGCACGCCCGGGAGCCUUUGCUGCCAUCCGCGCUGCGAUGGAUGCGAUCUGGGGUGGCGGCGGCGGCGGCGCAGAGGCGGGUCAGGGUGAUCACCAAGGUGAAGAGCACGAUGGCGAAGCGGACCAUCGAGAGGAAGAAUGA